CACAAGCACUUCCUCCAACCCGUGCCUGGCGAAUCGUGGAAAGUCUCAAUUGAGCCGUUCAGAGCAAAAGACAAGAAUAUCUCAACGAUAUGGCGCCGUCAGCGCCCAACACUAUCUACAUCGACGAGGACGUAGGCAGGGACGAUGAAUCCGCCGCCGGCACCGACCUCUCCCCUUACAAGACCCUCGUCUACGCCUUUCUCCAGCACCCGCCAUCCACCGAGGACAUCCAGUAUCUCACCCGGAAAUCCGAGACGGGCCCCGUCGGCGAAGAUGGCGACCCGUCCGUCCGCCUUGAGUGGAAGCCAGCCACCAAGUCCGCGCUGAAGAAAGCCACCAACCUGUUCGAGGCAAGGAAGAAGAAAGCCGCCAAGGAGCACGAAUUGGCUCUUCGACAGAAGGAGGAGGCGGAAAAGAGGCAGCUGGUGCUCGAAGCUGCGAAGAAGGUGGUCAUAAAAGAGGAUGCUUCCCUGCCGAAGCCCGUGAGGAUUAGACUCUAUGAGAAAGACCCCGCGAAGGUGAAGCUGCGGGACGGUGACACGCCGGGCACAAGGGUUCGUGUGCUGGGGAGAGUUCAUCGUCUGCGAUCGCAGAAGGAUGUUAUAUUCGUGACGCUGUCUGAUGGAUAUGGCUUCUUACAAUGUGUCUUUACCGGCGAUCUCGUCAAGACAUACGAUGCGAUGACCCUUACCCUCGAAACCUCCAUUGCCGUCCACGGAGAGAUGUGUGCUGUUCCGCCAAAGCAGCACGCUCCCGAUAAUCGGGAACUCCAUGCGGAUUUCUUCACGGUCAUCGGUCGUGCCGCUGGCGAUAAGGAGGCCAUCACGACCCGUGUGGCUCCCGACGCCGACCCCCAGACCCUCUACGACAACAGACACCUGGUCCUCCGUGGCGAGAUCGCCUCCUCCGUCAUGAAAGUCCGUGCCGCCGUUAUUCGUGCCUUCCGCUCAGCCUUCGAAGAGCAGCGCAUGCUCGAAGUGACACCGCCGGCCAUGGUCCAAACCCAGGUCGAAGGCGGCUCCACGCUCUUCUCGUUCGACUACUACGGCGAACCCGCCUAUCUGACCCAAUCCUCGCAGCUCUACCUCGAAACCUGCCUCCCCUCCCUCGGCGACGUAUUCUGCAUCUGCCCUUCCUUCCGUGCCGAAAAGUCCCUCACCCGCCGCCAUCUCUCUGAAUACACCCACAUUGAAGCCGAGCUGGACUUCAUCACCUUCGACGACCUCCUCGACCACCUCGAAGUCAUCAUCUGCCGGGUCCUCGACCUCGUGCUCGCCGACCCACAGAUCGCCGGGUACAUCAAGAGUCUCAACCCAGACUUCAAGCCGCCCAGCCGGCCCUUCAAACGCAUGAAGUACGCCGAGGCCAUCGACUGGUUGCGCGAGCACAACAUCCCUAACGAAGAAGGCAACCCACACACGUUUGGCGACGACAUCGCCGAAGCGGCCGAGCGCAAGAUGACCGACACCAUGAACCAGACGAUCUUCCUGACCCAUUUCCCCGUGGAAAUCAAAGCGUUCUACAUGAGGAAGGACCCGGAGGACCUACGCGUGACGGAGAGUGUGGAUGUGCUGAUGCCGGGCGUGGGAGAGAUUGUAGGAGGAAGUAUGAGAAUGGAGGACUGGGAUGAGUUGAUGGGGGCGUAUGCUAGCCGAGGGAUGGAUCCAACCCCGUAUUACUGGUACACGGAUCAGAGGAAGUAUGGCACAUCUCCACAUGGUGGAUACGGACUUGGAGUGGAACGGUUCCUGGCCUGGAUGUGCGGACGAUACACCGUCAGAGAAUGCUGCCUCUACCCCCGUUUCACCGGAAGAUGCACCCCAUGA